CCGUGUCCCCCCGUGUCCUCCAGCCCAGUGCCCAGCGGGGGUCCCCCUCAGAGGGGACACGGGCACGGCUGGCUCAGGGACAUGGGGACACGGGACAGGACGUGGGGACACGGGGCUGGGAGGACACAGGAGACAUGAGGAGACACAGGGGACAUGAGGGGACACAGACAGGGACAUGAGGGGACACAGACAGGGACAUGGGGACAGGGAGGACACAGGGGACAUGAGGGGACACAGAGGGACGUGGGGACACAGACAGGGACGUGGGGACAGGGAGGACACAGGAGACAUGAGGGGACACAGGACAGGGACACAGGGGACAUGAGGGGACACAGACAGGGACACAGGGGACAUGAGGGGACACAGGGGACAUGAGGGGACACAGGACAGGGACACAGGGGACAUGAGGGGAUACAGACAGGGACACAGGAGACAUGAGGGGACACAGACAGGGACGUGGGGACAGGGAGGACACAGGGGACACAGACAGGGACGUGGGGACUCAGGGGGUCAGCGUGACCAGCAGCCGCUGUCCUGGCACAUCCGUGUCCCCGUGCCGGAUCCCGGAUGUCCCAUGCCAUCUCCUUCUCCCAGGAAACGGGGGGAUGUCACCCUGAUGUCACCGUGCCCCCCCCAGCUGCCAGCUGUGCCCAAUCGGUGUCACCGCAGCUGGUGGCACUUCUGGGCACUUCCAUAAAUCCCGGAGCCGCUUGGCAGUGCCGGAGCCGGGCCCGUGAGUGGCACCAGGGUGGGUGACACUGCUGGUGGCCACGAGGACACCCCAGGAACUGUGACAGUGGUGUCACCUGGACCCCGCUGUCCAGGACAGGCAUGGCCCGAGUGACGGGGCCGGGGGUCCCCGUGGGGCUCGUGGCCACCGCCGUGCUGUGGGUGACAGCCGUGAGGGCAGCCACAGGGCGCUGGUGCGAGCGCACGGUGCAGGUGACGGAGCAGGAGGAGGUGACGCCGCGGCGCGAGGCCACCGUGCCGUGUCCCAGUUUGUACCAGUACAGCCUGGCCGGGUGGCGGCUGGACCGGGACCGCACGCGCCGGGAACGCGGGAAUCCCCCCGGGGACACCGGCGGCGACCCCCCCCUCUGCCACAUCUACCGCCCCCCGGAGCUGCAGCCGGUGAUCCGGAACCACACGGAACGCGGCUGCUGUCCCGGCUGGAGCGGAGCCCGCUGCACUGAGGGUCCCGGCUCCCUGGGCCGCUGUUUCAGCGCAUGGCAGUGCCAGGACGGCGCCGGUGGAGGCAAUGGCAGCGCCAUGAGCCGCGCCGAGUGCUGCCAGCACCCCUGGGGACACAGCUGGCGCGGCGGGGACAGCGGGGGGCCCUGCCUGCCCUGCACCCGCCUGCCCCUGGGUGGGGACGGGGGGUCCCGGGGCCACCGCAGCCCCCCGGCCACGUGCCAGGCCUGGGCCGGGACGCGCUUCCGCACCUUCGACGGGCGGCACUUCGGCUUCGCCGGCUCCUGCCGGUACAGCCUGGCCACCGCCACCGACGGCACCUGGGACAUCACCGUGGGGCUCGGACACCCCCGGGUGCUGCUGAUGACGUUCGGGACGGCCGCGGUGGUGGCCGAGGGACGGAACGUGUCGGUGAACGGGGCGGCGGUGCCGGAGGGACGCCCGUACCUGCACAAAGGGCUCGGUGUCACCUGGCCGGGUGACUGGGUGGCCGUGGCCAGCAGCCUGGGCGUGCGGGUGGCCUGGGACGGUCACCUGGCAGUGACGGUGACAGCGGAGCCUGAACUGCGCGGUGCCACCUGGGGGCUGUGUGGCACCUACACCGACGACCCUGCAGACGAUUUCGUGCGCCCCGACGGGGCCAUCGCUGCCUUCCCCGCCGCCUUUGGCAACUCCUGGAAGGUGCCGGUGGCUGCCACGGAGCCCCCGUGCAGGGACGUGCCAGAGGGGGACACCGCGUGUGGCCCGGCUGAGCUGGCACCGGCGGUGGCCACGUGCGGGCGGCUGCUGGCCCAGCCCUUCCGGCAGUGCCACGGCGAGGUGGACCCCAGCGGCUUCUACGCAGCGUGUGUGGCACUGCUGUGCGGGGACGGGGACCCUGUGUCCCCUCCCGGUCCCCUGCCACCCCCCGAUCCCCUGUCCGGUCCCCUGUCGCCCCCCGAUCCCCUGUCCCCCCCCGGUCCCCUGUCCCCCCCCGGUCCCCUGCCACCCCCCGAUCCCCUUGCUCCCGCCGCCAGCUCCACGUCCCCUGGCGCCAGCCCGGUGUCUGCGGUAGGAACCGGGGGGUCCCCUCCCCUUCCCGUCCCCGCGGUGCCGCCGGUGCCAUGGCAGUGUCCCCGCCCCGCAGAGCGCCGCUGUCCCCCGGGCCAGCGCUUCACCGACUGCGUGUCGCUGUGCCCGGUCACCUGCGGCACGGCGGGCGAGCAGGGCCCGUGCCACCGGCACUGCCACGGCGGCUGCCAGUGCGGCCCGGGGCUGGCCCGGGACGGCCCGAGCUGUGUCCCCGCCGCCGCCUGCCCCUGCCACCACCGGCGACAGCGCUACGAGCCCGGCCAGAGCAUCCGCCAGCGCUGCAACCGCUGCACGUGCGAGGGUGGCCGCUGGCGCUGUGAGCAGCGGCGGUGCCCGGCCGAGUGCGCGGUGCUGGGGGGACGUCACUUUGUCACCUUCGACCGCCGCCGCUUCUCCCUGCCCGCCCCCUGUGCCCACACGCUGCUGGAGGACUUCGUGGCGGGGCGGCUGCUGAUCACAGCCGAGCACGAGCCCUGCGACAGCCACCUCGGCUGUCCCCGCAGCCUCACUGUCACCACCAACCGCACCACGGCCCGGCUGCACGGCACAGGGGAGGUGACAGUGGCCGGGCGGGAGGUGACGCUGCCCUUCUCCGGCUCCGGGCUGAGCAUCCGCCGCGCGUCCUCCGCCUUCCUGCACCUGCAGCUGCCCGACGGCCACAUCCUCUGGGGCCUGGGGACCCCCGACACCUUCGUGACCCUGCAGCCCGCCAUGGCCGGCGCGGUGCGGGGGCUCUGCGGGACCUUCAACGGGGACCAGCGCGACGACUUCACGACGCCGGCGGGGGACGUGGAGCCGGGAGCGGCCGCCUUCGCCAACGCCUUCCGUGCGGCCGGAGCCUGCCCGGCGCUGGGCCCCGACCUUCCCGACCCCUGCGCCGCCUUCCCCGGGAGCCGGGAGCGCGCCGAGGCCGCCUGCGCCGUGCUCAUGGGACCGGCCUUCCAGCCGUGUCACCGCGCCGUGGAUCCGGAGCCGUUCCUGGAGCUGUGCCGGUGGGAUGUGUGCUCCUGCCGGGAACGGGAGCGGGACCGGGAGCGCUGCCGGUGCCCCGCGCUGGGAGCCUACGGCCGGGAAUGCGCCCGGGAGGGAACCGAGCUGGAGUGGAGGAACCGGAGCCUCUGCGACGAGCCGUGUCCCGGGGGGCAGCAGUACCGGGACUGCGGGGGUCCCUGCGGCCGUUCCUGCUCAGAGCCCCCCGGAGCCAGCGACUGUCCCCCUCCGGACACCCUCUGUGUCCCCGGCUGCCGCUGCCCCCCGGGGCUGCUGCUGGCCCAGGGGGGUCAGUGUGUCCCCCCCGCCGCCUGCCCGUGUCCCCGCGGCGCCCGCCUGUACCCCCCCGGCGCCCGCAUCCGCCGCGGCUGCCAGGCCUGUGUGUGCGCGGGGGGGUCGUGGCGCUGCGCCCCCGCCCCGUGUCCCCCCGCCCCGCGCUGUCCCCCGGGGCUGCUGCACUCCCCGGGCUCCUGCCUGCGCCGCUGCGACCCCGCCGAGCCCUCCGGCACCUGCGGCGGCCCCGCCGACGGCUGCGUGUGCCCCCCCGGGACCCUCUUCCUGGUGGGUGACAGCCCCGGGGGGGUGCGGGGGUCCCCCCGAGCCCCCCUGAGCAAGGUCUGGUCGCAGGGCGGGCGCUGCGUGUCCCCGGACGAGUGUCCCUGUCACCACGGCGGGCGGCUGUACCCGCCCAACGCCACCAUCGCCCGCGACUGCAACACCUGCGUGUGCCGGGGACAGCGGUGGCGCUGCGGGCGCGAGGAGUGCGCGGGGACCUGCGUGGCCACGGGGGACCCGCACUAUGUCACCUUCGAUGGCCGCGCCUUCACCUUCGCGGGGGACUGCGAGUACCUGCUGGCACGCGAGGCCUCCGGGCUCUUCGCUGUCACCGCCGAGAACGUCCCGUGCGGUGCCACCGGUGUCACCUGCACCAAGUCGGUGGUGGUGGCCAUGGGGAACACCGUGGUGCACAUGCUGCGGGGACGGGAGGUGACAGUGAACGGGGUGGCCGUGCGACCCCCAAAGGUGUUCGGGGGCUCGGGGCUGGCGCUGCAGCGAGCGGGGCUCUUCCUGCUGCUCCUCACCCGCCUGGGGCUGGCCGUGCUGUGGGACGGAGGGACCCGCGUGUACGUGCGCGUGUCCCCGCGGCUGCGGGGCCGCCUGGCCGGGCUCUGCGGGAACUUCGACGGCGACGCCGAGAACGAUUUCGGGAGCCGGGACGGGGCCCUGGAGGCGACCCCCGAGAUCUUCGGGGACUCCUGGCGCCUCAGCCCCCUCUGCCCGGAGGCCGACGGGCACCGCCCGCACCCCUGCGAUGACAGCCCCCAGCGCUCGGCCUGGGCGCGGGGUCGCUGCGGGGUCCUGCAGCACCAGCUCUUCGCCCCCUGCCACGAGCUGGUGCCCCCCCAGCGCUUCUACGAGUGGUGCCUGUUCGACGCCUGCGGCUGUGACAGCGGCGGGGACUGCGAGUGCCUGUGCACGGCCCUGGCCGCCUACGCCGAGGAGUGCGGCCGGCGGGGGAGAGCCCUGCGCUGGCGGAGCCAGGGGCUGUGCCCCCUGCAGUGCGAGGGGGGGCAGGAGUACAACCCCUGCGGCCCCCCCUGCCCCCCCACCUGCCGCGACCUCGGCCGGGAGCCCCCCGAGCUCUGCGGGGCCCUGGGCUGCCUCGAGGGCUGUUUCUGCCCCCCCGGGAGGGUCCUGCACGAGGGGCUGUGCCUGGAGCCCCCCGCCUGCCCCUGCUUCUGGGACGGGUUCGCCUUCCCGGCCGGGGCCACCGUGAGCCAGGGCUGCAGCAACUGCACGUGUCUCGAGGGGCGCUGGCAGUGCCCCCCGACCCCGUCCCCGUGUCCCGCCGCCCCCGGCUGCGCCCCCUGGGAGUUCCAGUGCCGGGGCGGGGGUCUCUGCGUGCCGGGGGCCUGGCUCUGCGACAACGAGGACGACUGCGGGGACGGCUCUGACGAGCUGUGCGACCCUCCCUGCGCCCCCCAGCAGCCCCGCUGCCCCGGCGGGCGCUGCCUGCCCUGGGGGGCUCUGUGUGACGGUGUCACCCAGUGUCCCGACGGCUGGGACGAGGCGGGGUGUCCUCCCCUGCCCUGCGCCCCCCCCGAGUUCGCCUGUGCCGGGGGUCGCUGCCUCCCCCCCGCCCGGGUCUGCGACGGGCGGCUCGAUUGUCCCCCCGGGGAUGACUCGGACGAGGCGGGCUGCGCCCCCCGGUGCGGGCCGGGGCAGUUCAGGUGCGGGGGGGGCCGGUGUGUCCCGUACCCCCAGCGCUGCGACGGCCGCGACGACUGCGGGGACGGGAGCGACGAGAGCGGCUGUCCCUGCCCCGAGGGGCACCUGCCGUGUCCCGGGGGGGGCUGCCAGCCCCCCGCCGCUCUCUGCGACGGCCACCGCCACUGCCCCGACGGCGCGGACGAGGCCGAUUGUCCCGCGCGGGCCACCUGCGCCCCCGGCACCGUCCCGUGCCCCGACGGCUCCUGCGUGCCGGAGGUCGCCGUGUGCGACGGCUCCCGCGACUGUCGCGACGGCUGGGACGAGAGUCCGGCGGGGUGCGCGGUGGCGCUGCCCCCCGCGCCGCUGGCACCUGGCACCGGCAUUGUCACCGCCACUGGCACCAUUGGCACCGCCACUGGCACCGCUGGCACCGCCACUGGCACCGCCACUGUCGCCGACAUUGUCACCGCUGGCACCGCCACUGGCACCGCCGGCACCGCCGACACUGUCAUCGCGGUCACCGGCGCCAUCGGCACUGUCGCCAACGCUGUCACUGUCAGUGACACUGACACUGUCGCCGACACCGCCCCCGGCACCGCCGCUGUCGCCGACACUGUCGCUGUCCCCGUCCCCGCCGGUCCCUCGGCCGGGCCCUGUCCCGGCCGGUCCCUGCGCUGCGACAGCGGCGGCUGCGUCCCGCGGGGGUGGCGCUGCGAUGGCGACAGCGACUGUCCCGAUGGCAGCGACGAGAGAGGCUGCGACCCCCCGUGCGCCCCCGGCCACCUGCCCUGCGACCCCCCCUGCGCCCCCGGACUCGCCCCCUGCGCCCCCGCCUGCGUCCCCCCUCUCCGCCUCUGCGACGGCGUCCCCCAAUGUCGCGACAGCGCCGACGAGACCCCCCAGCUGUGCGAGCCCCCCGGCCCCGGGAGCAGCCCGGGGGGUCCCUGCACAGAGUUCGACUGCGGGGACGGGGAAUGUGUCACCUUCCAGCAGGUGUGUGACGGGGUGCGGGACUGCGGCUCGGGUGGGGACGAGCGGGGGUGCGGCCGCUGGGGGUCCUGGGGGCCCUGGGGGUCGUGCAGCCGCCCCUGCGGGCCCGGGGGACAGCGCCGCACGCGGGGAUGUCACCAGAGCCACCCGGGGCUGCUGCGAGCGUGCCGGGGCCAACGCGAGCAGGAGAGACCCUGCUUCCACCGGGCCUGCCCGGGCUGCCCGGGGGGCUUUCGGGGACCCCGCGGUCCGAGGGGUUUGGGGGUUCUGAGGCCCCCCUUAACUCUCCCCCCUCCCUCAGUGGACGGCGCGUGGGGCCCGUGGGGACCCUGGUCCGACUGCCCGGGGGGCUGCGGGGGGGUCCGGCUGCGCAGGAGGAGCUGCCAGCCCCCCCAGAACGGCGGCCGCGCCUGCGAGGAGCUGCCCGGGGGGAGCCCCGGAGCCCUGGAGAUGGCCCCCUGUGCCCCGGGGGGGUGCCCCAACGCCUCGGAGUGCGCGGAGGGGCUGCGCCCCCUCCCCUGCGCCCCCUGCCCCGCCUCCUGCGCCGACCUGGCCGCCGCCGUCACCUGCCCGCGGCCCCCGCCCUGCCGCCCAGGGUGCUGGUGCCCGGCGGGGCGGGUGCUGGACGCCCCCGAGCCGGGCGCGGGGCCCGGGGGGUGCGUGCGGCCCCGGGAGUGCCCGUGCUGGGCCGGGGGGCUCCGGUACCCCCCGGGAGCCCCGGUGCCGCUCGGAUGUCGCCUCUGCGCCUGCCUCGAGGGUCGCCUGCGCCACUGCCGCCCCCAGCCCGGCUGCUCAGUGGACUGCGGGUGGUCGUCGUGGUCGCCGUGGGGGUCGUGCGCGGGCCCGUGCGGGACCCCCGGUGUGCAGUGGUCCUUCCGCAGCCCCUCCAACCCCGCCCGCCGCGGCGGGGGGCGGCACUGCCGCGGCAUCUACCGCAAGGCCCGGCGGUGUCGCACGGCGCCGUGCGGGCGGUGCCGGGAGCGGGGCCGGGGGCGCGUCCCCGGUGAGCGCUGGCGCGGGGGUCCCUGCCGGGUGUGCCAGUGCCUGGCGGGCGGGGCCGUGCGCUGUGUCCCCUACUGUCCCCUCCGCCUGUCCGGCUGUCCCCAGGGCCAGGUGCUGCGGGAAGGUGACGGCGGGUCCUGCUGCUCCUGCGGCCCCGCGGGUGACAACGGCACGGCCACCCCGCCCGGGAUGACGACAGCGCUGUCCCCCCCCGCGCCGGCCGAGGGUCCCGGCCCCACGGCCGGGCCCGAGGGGCCGCCCCCGUCAGGGUGGCCCGGGAGCACCGAGCCCCCCCCGGAGCCCCCCAGCGCGGCCGGGGGCACCCCCAGAACGGAGACCCCGCCCGAGGACACCCCGAGCCCCCCCGGAGGCUCCGCCACCCCCCACGAACCCCCCCGGCUCCGCGUGCUGCCCUCGCUGGCUCCCACGGGGGUCACCCCCGCGACCCCCCCAGGCUGUCCCCCCCCGCCCUGGGGGGGGUGGGGGUCCUGCAGCCGCUCCUGCGGGGUGGGGGUCGCUCUGCGGCGCCGGGGGGAGACCCCGCCCGAGGGGGGCUGCGCCCACCCCCCCAACAUCGACAGCCGCGUCUGCUUCGAGCGAGCCUGCCCAGUCGCGGGCGGGUGGGCGCCCUGGGGGUCCUGGAGCCCCUGCGGAGCCCCGUGCGGGGGGGGGCAGCAGAGCCGCCGCCGCAGCUGCAGCGACCCCCCCCCAAAAAACGGGGGCCGGCCGUGCGAGGGAGGGGCCGUGCAGAGCCGGCCCUGCAACCUGCGGCCCUGCGGGGACCCCCCAGCCUGCGCCCCCCAGAUGCUGCUGGUGCCGCCGGGGGGGUGCGAGGAUCUGGGGGUCCCCCCCUGCCCCCCCACCUGUGCGGACCCGAGUGGGAACAGCUCGUGCCCGGGGGGCUGCGAGGAAGGCUGCCGGUGCCGGCCCGGGCUGGUCCUGCAGGGGAGCGGCUGCGUGGAACCCGGCGCCUGUGGGGUCCCUGCAGGGGUCUCUGGGGUCCCCGGAAAUCGGGGCCCCCCCGAGUCCUGCGGGUGGUCGCGCUGGACCCCCUGGACCCGCUGUGACUGCGGCACCGGGACCCGGCAGCGCUUCAGGUCUCCCACCAACCCCUCGGCCGCGGCGGGCGGUGCCCCCUGCCCCGGGACCCCCCGAGAGGUUCGGGGCUGUCCCGAGCUCUGCGGACCCGAGCCCGGGAGCGCGGGGCCACCGGGAGCCACCGAGACACCGCGGGGGACAGGGACACCAGAGACACCGUGGGGCACGGGGACCCCAGAAUCGUUAGACCCCAGAGUCACCGUGGGGCACAGAGACACCGGAGACACCGUGGGGCACGGGGACCCCGGAGACACCGUGGGGCUCGGGGACCCCAGAAUCGCUGUGGGGCUCGGGGACCCCAGAGUCACCGUGGGGCACAGAGACCCCAGAGUCACCGUGGGGCACGGGGACACCGGAGUCACCGUGGGGGACAGGGACACCGGAGACACCGUGGGGCAUGGGGACACCGGAGACACCACACCGGAGACACCGUGGGGCACGGGGACCCCGGAGUCACCGUGGGGCACAGAGACCCCAGAAUCGCUGUGGGGCUCGGGGACCCCAGAAUCGCUGUGGGGCACAGAGACCCCCGAGACACCGUGGGACACAGAGACCCCGGAGUCACCGUGGGACACGGGGACCCCAGAAUCGCCGCGGGUCCCGGGGUCCCUGGAGCCGCUGUGGGUCCCGGAGCCCCCCGAGCCGCCCGUCCCCGCCCGUGGCCGGUGGUCGCCGUGGGGGCCCUGGGGGGGCUGCAGCGCUCCGUGCGGGGGGGGCGAGCGCUGGCGCCGCCGGGGCUGCGGGACCCCCCCGUGCCCGGGCCCGGCCCUGCAGAGCCAGAGCUGCCACAGCCACGUGUGUCGCGAGGCCGGGUGCCCCCCCGGCCGGACCUUCCGCGAGUGCGGGGGGGGCUCCGGGUGUCCCCGGAGCUGCGCCCACCUUGGGGGGGCCGUGGGGUGCGCGGGGGGGUGCCAGGAGGGCUGUCACUGCCCCCCCGGGACCCUCCUGCACCGCCACUCCUGCCUGCAGGUGAGACCCCCGGGAGACCCCCCGGAACCGGGGUGCUGCCCCCCAAAUCCCGGGCUGGGGGCUGGGGGCCAGGGAAAUCUCGGGGUUUGGGGUCCGCAAAUCCGCGGGGGCCCCGAGAGAGGGACCCCCCCCGGGGACCCCCCGAUCCUGGAGCUGCCGCCGGGCGGGACCCUCCGCGUGGGCUGCGCCCGCUGCUCCUGCCUGUGGGGCCGCCUGCGCUGCCCCCCCUGCGCCGAGACCCCCACGGAGACCCCCACGGAGACCCCCACGGAGACCCCCACGGAGACCCCGACCUGCCCGAGCCCCCCCUGCGCCGCGGAGCCCGGCCCCACACGGGAUCUCAGCCCCACGCCCGAUCUCGGCCCCACACUCGAUCUCAGCCCCACACCGGAUCUCAGCCCCACACGGGAUCUCAGCCCCACACCGGAUCUCAGCCCCACACCGGAUCUCAGCCCCACACUCGAUCUCAGCCCCACAUCCCCAGGGGACGAGGAGGAUGCUGGGGGGUCCCCGGGGGUCCCGUGGGGCCCGUGGGGGCCGUGGGGGCCCUGCAGCCGCUCCUGCACCCGGCCCGAGACCCCCGCGAGCCGGAGCCGCCGCCGGGACUGCCCGGGGGGAAACUGUGGGGCGGGGGGCGACAGCCAGAGCCGACCCUGCAACCUGCCCCACUGCCACGCACCCCCCUGCCUGACGCCCCCCUGCCCGUGCCGGUGGAGCCCCUGGGGGUCCUGGGGGUCGUGCUCGCGGCCCUGCGGGGGGGGGCAGCAGCGGCGGCUCCGGGCCUUCGCCCCCCCCGGCCCCGGGGAGCCCUGGUGCCCCCAAAUCCGGGGGGGCCACGAGCAGCGGCGGCCGUGCGGGGUGGAGGCGUGUCGGGUGAACGGCGCGUGGUCCCCGUGGGGUCCCUGGUCGCGCUGUGACGUCACGUGCGGGGGGGGCCGCUCCGUGCGCAGCCGCUCGUGCUCCCGACCCCCCCCCAAAAACGGGGGCAGCCCCUGCCCCGGGGGGGGGCACGAGCUGAGGGUCUGCAACCCCCGGCCCUGCGGCCCGCGGUGCCCCCCCGGGCAGAGCCUGUCCCCCUGCGGGUCGCGGUGCCCGCGGAGCUGCCGGGACCUGCAGGAGGGGGUGUCCUGUCAGGGGGGGGUCCCCUGCGAGCCCGGCUGCCGCUGUCCCCCCGGGACCCUGGAGCAGGACGGGGGCUGUGUCCCCCCCGCCCUGUGCGCCUGUCUGGACUCGGGGGGGCAGCUCUGGGUGCCGGGGGGCAGCGCCCACCCCCGGGGCUGCCACAACUGCACCUGCGCGGGGGGGCGGCUGCGCUGUGUCCCGGGGGGCUGUCCCCCCCCGACCGCCACCCCCGGGACCCCCCCCGGGACCCCCCCCGGGACCCCCCCGUGCGCCUGGAGCCGCUGGAGCCGCUGGGGACCCUGCAGUGUCACCUGCGGGGGGGGGCGGCAGGAGCGCUACCGGACCCCCAUCCCCCCCGAGGGCUCGGGGGGAGCCUGCGGGCCCCCCCAGGAGCAGGUUCGGGGGUGCGAGCCGAGCCCGUGCCCCCCCGUGUGCCCCUGGGCGGGGGGCGAGCGGGGGCUGGGCGAGCGCUGGAGCCCCGGGCCGUGCCGACAGUGCACCUGCACCCCCGAGGGACCCGAGUGCUGGGACACCCCGUGUGCGGCCGAGCCGUGUGACUGGAGCCCCUGGGGGUCCUGGGGACCCUGCGGAGACCCCUGCGCGGGGGGGUCCCGCCUGCGCCACCGGCACCCCCUGAACCCCGAGACCCCCGGGCGGGCGUGCACAGGGGUCCGGACCCAGAGCGAGAGCUGCAGCUCCAGCGCGUGUCCCGACCCCCGGUGCGGCGGGGGGGGCCGGACCCGCAGUCCCUGCGCCGGGCGCUGUCCCCGGACCUGCGGUGACACCUGGGGCCAGGUGCUGUGUCUGCAGGGACCCUGCGAGCCAGGGUGCCGCUGUCCCCCCGGGCAGCUGCUCCAGGACGGUCUCUGUGUCCCCCUGAGCCGCUGUCGCUGCGGGACCCCCGGCGGGGACAACGGGAGCCGCGAGGUGUCCCCGGGGGCCGUGACACAGAUCGGCUGUCACAACUGCACCUGCGAGAACGGAACCUUGACCUGCCCGGUGCUGGCGUGUCCCUCCCCGGGGCCUGCGACCCCCGCGGUCCCCGUGUCCCCCUGGUCCCCCCUGUCCCCCCUGUCCCCCCUGUCCCCUGUGUCCCCUCUGUCCCCUCUGUCCUCCGAGCCCCCUCUGUUCCCCCUCUCUCCCGAGCCCCCCGUGUCCCCCCCCGUGUCCCCCCCCGUGUCCCCCUGGUCCCCCUGGUCCCGCUGCUCCCGCAGUUGCGGCGGAGGGACCCGGAGGCGGCACCGGCAGUGCCGGGAGGGCCCCGGGGCGGGGCCGCGGUGCGAGGGGAGCCCCGCGGAGGAGACGUCGGCGUGUAACGGCCAGGAGUGUCCCGUGGCCCCAGGCUGCCCCCCAGGCGAGGUGUGGCUGGACCCCGGCCCCGCCUGUGAGCGCAGCUGCCAGGACCUGGCGGAGCCCCCCGGGACUUGCGGGGGGACCCCCAUGACCCUCGGACCCUCCGGAUCCUCCGAGACCCCCGCGACCCCCGGGACCCCCGUGACUCCGGACACCUCCAGCACCCCCGCGACCCCCGGGACCCCCGGGACCCCCGGGACCCUCGGGACCCUCGGCCCUCCCGCGGCUCUCGGUACCGCCCGGACCCCGGCGCGCUGUGCCUGCGCCCCGGGCCGGUACCGGAACGGCUCCGGGCAGUGCGUGAGCGCGGGGGGCUGCGGGUGCCGCUACCGCGGGGAGCUGCGAGCGGCCGGCAGCGAGUGGCAGGAGCGGUGCGGGACCUGUCGCUGCUCCGAGGGACGCGUCACCUGCGCCACCUCCUGCCCCGCGCUCACCUGCCCGGAGGGCACGGAGCCGGUGCGGGAGCCCGGGAGCUGCUGCCCCGUGUGCCGGGACGAGUGGCCAGAGGAGCCCCCCGGGCCGUGCCGGCUCCUCACGGCGCUCCGGAGCAUCUCCAAGGGCGCGUGUGUCCUGCGGGGCGUCCGUGUCACCUACUGCGCGGGGACGUGUCGCUCCCGCACCGCCGUCAGCGCGCAGGAGCCGUUCGUGCGGGCGCUGUGCGAGUGCUGCAGUUACCGGCUGGACCCGGCCCGGCCCGUGCGGGCUCUGCUGCUGCCGUGUCCCCGCGGCCGCCCCCGGCCCGCGCUGCUGCCCCGCAUCGCGCACUGCCGCUGCGAGCCCUGCCGGGGCGGGGACUUCACCCGGCGCUGAGGAGCCCCCCGGGCUCAGCCCCGCGCCCCCCGCCCGGGGCGGCACCGGGGAGCCGCUGAUCGAGCCCAAUAAACAAUAACCGAU